CGAAGAUGUUCUCUUGGCUGUCUGAGUGACAAGUGGGAUCUUCUCUACACUCAAAAAGACCCUCCCUCAUCCACCUCCAUAGUUCCUGCAAGACACUGACACCAUGACCCAAAAACCUUCUGAAAUGGUUCCUGGAAUACACUGAAAUAAUUUAGAAAGAAAACACAAAUUAAAACAAGAAACCUAAAACUUAUUGGGAAGUCACCAUGGGAGAUCCCAACAUCAGCCAGCUGGCUGCAGUGUACGCUGAGACCUCUGGCCACGUGCUGGGAGGAAGCGAGCUGGACCCGUUUACGGAUAACUACGACACAGACUAUGGUAUUCCCGACAAUGAGAUUCCCGACACUACGCAGGGCACAGCCUUCUUCGUUGCCACCAUCGUCAUCGCCAUGGUGCUCAUCUGCAUUAUGCUCGUCUGCGGUGUUGGCAACUUCCUGUUUAUUGCUACUUUGGCCCGGUACAAGAAGCUACGUAACCUCACUAACCUGCUCAUAGCUAAUCUGGCUAUAUCAGACUUCAUAGUGUCAGUGGUGUGCUGUCCGUUCCUGGUGGAUUACUAUGUGGUGAAGCAGUUGUCCUGGGACUAUGGCCUGGUGCUGUGUGCCUCUGUCAACUACAUCAGGACUGUGUCUCUCUACGUGUCCACUAACGCACUGCUGGCUAUCGCUGCAGACAGGUACAUGGCCAUCGUCCAUCCUUUGAGGCCUCGUAUGAAGUACCAGACGGCCUACUGUCUGAUCACUGGUGUCUGGGUUGUACCAAUCCUCAUCUCCAUCCCUUCUGCCUACUUUGCCUCCGAGACCAUGUACCCUCAUGGCGGUGCCAGCACCUCUCAGAACACCCACAAGACCUUCUGUGCCCAGAUCUGGCCUGUGGACCAGCAGGCCUACUACCGCUCCUACUUCCUGUUUAUAUUUGCCCUGGAGUUCCUUUGGCCCGUUUUUGUCAUGGCGAUAUGUUACGCACGGAUCUCCCGUGAGCUCUGGUUCAAGAGUGUCCCGGGCUUCCAGACGGAGCAGAUCCGGAAGAGAUUGCGUUGUCGGCGGAAGACAGUCAUGGUCCUGAUCGGGAUCCUGACAGCAUACAUUCUGUGCUGGGCACCAUAUUACGGCUUCACCAUCCUACGAGACUUCCACCCGACGAUCAUCUCCCGCCAGAGGAACUCCCUGGUGGCCUUCUACAUUAUUGAGUGCAUCGCCAUGAGCAACAGCAUGAUAAACACCUUCUGCUUUGUCAGUGUCAAGAACAACACGGUCAAGUACCUGAAAAGGAUUGUGCUGCUGCGCUGGAGGUCCACCUACGCUCCCAGUAAGACUGUGGACGAGACAGAUAUCCGGACGUCCUCCAUGCCGUUGACCGAGGAGGUUGAAUGCAUUCGCCUGAGAUAA